CUAAACAAUAUUCCAUUUGGUUUUUCAUUUACUGUUUUGGAUCGGCUGUCGUCUGCAGUGAGACGCUCUGAUUUGCCCUGAAAGAACUCUCUCUCCUGUUUUUCUUUCAAACUCUUUUUUCCUCUCUUCAGUUGGCUGCUUGGUUGUAAGAGUUGCCAAACUCCUGUGAUUCUCUGUGCGUCUCCUUGCGUCUCGUGUUUUCAGUGCAGGAGAAACAGACGCGGUUGCUGAGGAAAUCUGGCUGUUUCCACAGCUCUUGCAAACCUCUGGAAGACAGACGUCCCGUCCCGCUCACACAGGCACACUUCACUUCUGCAAACGAUUAAAAGCAUCCAGAAUGACGAGUUUCACCCUCCGUCUGUUCCAGCUGACUGCCAUGACUAUAGGUGUGAUUCUGCUCUGUUCGGCUCUUGAAAUCAAUCCCAACGUUCCAGAGGUCAUUCUCUCCACAUCAUCUUCUCUCAACAUCACCUGCUCCGGCUGGGCAAACGUCACCUGGCGCUUCAAACGAGAAGAGAACGUUCCUCUGUUCCACAUUAAGAACCAAAGUCCCACUUCCAGCGUUCUGAGUCUGCAGAAUGUGACAUGGAGACACACGGGCGUGUAUGUGUGUUCUGAGAACGGCACCAAUGACACACGAGAGCUGACCGUUUUUGUGCCCGAUCCUGAGGUUUGGUUCCUCGAUAACGAUUAUGUGAUGGUGACUAAGACUCGUAAGGAGGGAACGAUACCGUGCCUGGUCACAGAUCCACAGACAAAUGUCACACUGUUAGAGAAAGACAGCGAGAUGGCAGUGGAGGGCUCAUACAACCCCACCGUGGGCUACACCGCCGCCCUGGAGGACAGAACCUAUAAAUGCAGAGGAGAGCAGGGCGGCCAGGAGAAAGACUCCAUCAUAUUCUACGUCUUCACUGUCAUGACUCCUGAGGUUCUGGAACCCUUCAUCAACGCCUCCAGAACUGUUCUGAAACAGGGUGAGACGCUAAACGUCAAUUGUACCGUUCACGACGUGGAGCUCGUCUUCUUCUCCUGGGAUUUUCCCAACAAAGAUGUUGGGAAUAUUGAGCCCUUGACAGAUGUUCUGUCCUCGCUGAGCAUGCGCUCUUGUCUCAACAUCACAAACGUCACUCUGUCCAGCUCUGGAGAGUAUGUGUGUCAUGCAAAAGAGGGUAUUCAGAACCUGAGAGCUUCAGCUAACAUCACCAUAACUGUUCUGGAGAAUGGGUUUGUGGAUCUGAGAUCUCAUCUGGACAGAAACAUGUCAGCGCAGCUCGAUGAGAACGUGGAGCUGAAAGUAGAGAUAGAUGCAUACCCCAAACCCAGCGUCCACUGGACUAAAGACGGAGGUGUUAUUCACGGGGAGAACACUCGACAGACACACGAGACCAGGUUCAUCAGCACAUUGACCCUGGUGAGGAUCCGACUGGAGCAGAUGGGUCUCUACACUGUUAGUGUCCAGAAUGAAGACGACUUUAAAAACAUGACCUUUGACCUCGAGGUGAAAGUUCCUCCUCAGAUAACACAACUCUCUGAUCAUCCGCUGUCGGGGAGGAGACUUGCGGUCAUCUGUGUAGCAGACGCCGUGCCGUCUCCCAGCAUCCAGUGGUUCAGCUGUGACAGUAUGCACAAAUGCAGUAACAGAAGUGCAGUAUGGAGCCCUCUAGUGGAGGAUCCAGAGAGCAUCACCAUCCAGACCAACAUCACCUACAACAGCACACGCAAGAUCCAUCAGACUCACAGUCAGGUGACUUUCCUCCGGCCGCAGCUGCUCACCAUCCGCUGUGAAGCCAGAAACGAGAGAGGAGCUCGAGCCAGAGACAUCAGACUGGUGAACAGCACGUUGUUCUCACAGGUUGCUGUUCUUGCUGCUGUUCUGGCACUGGUGGUCAUUGCCAUUAUCUCCAUCAUCAUCCUCAUUGCUGUCUGGAGGAAGAAACCGCGCUAUGAAAUCAGAUGGAAGGUCAUUGAAUCGGUCAGUUUGGACGGACACGAGUACAUUUAUGUUGACCCCAUUCACCUGCCGUAUGACCUGACCUGGGAGAUGCCACGAGACAGUCUGUUGCUGGGUCGUACAUUGGGUUCUGGUGCAUUUGGACGUGUCGUGGAGGCCACGGCGUACGGCCUCGGCAGUUCUCAAACCUCCACCAAAGUGGCAGUAAAGAUGCUGAAAUCGACGGCUCGGAAGAGCGAGACUCAAGCUCUGAUGUCUGAACUGAAGAUCAUGAGUCAUCUUGGUCCUCAUCUGAACAUCGUGAACCUGCUGGGCGCCUGCACCAAACAAGGUCCGCUGUACCUGGUAACAGAAUACUGUCGCUAUGGUGAUCUGGUGGAUUUCCUGCACAGGAACAAGCACAGCUUCCUCCAGUACCACACUGACAAGAACCACAUCGCCAACGGCAACAGCGGCCUGCUCUGUAGUGAUGCUGAUACAGCGACAGGAAAAGAAUACGUGUCGUUUGCCAGCGAGUGUGAUGGAGGUUAUAUGGACAUGAACAAAGAUGAAGAACAGACCGAGUAUGUUCCAAUGCAAGAGCUCACGGACACUAUCAAGUACGCUGACAUCCAGCCAUCACCAUACGAGUCCCCUUACCAGCAGGACAUCUAUCAGGAGCAAGGUCACAGAGUGGACAGCUCUCUGAUCAUCAGUGAUUCUACGGGUAUGAGUUACAUUGAUCUGGUGGGUUUCAGUUAUCAGGUGGCUAAAGGCAUGGAGUUUCUCGCAUCAAAGAACUGUGUUCAUCGAGAUCUGGCAGCUAGAAACGUUUUGAUCUGUGAAGGCAAACUAGUUAAGAUCUGUGACUUUGGGCUUGCCAGAGACAUCAUGCACGACAACAACUACAUCUCCAAAGGCAACACGUUUCUCCCUCUGAAGUGGAUGGCACCAGAGAGCAUCUUUCAUAACUUGUACACCACGCUGAGUGACGUCUGGUCUUACGGCAUCUUACUGUGGGAGAUCUUCACUCUCGGAGGAACACCGUAUCCAGAACUGCCGAUGAAUGAAUUAUUUUACAGCGCUCUGAAGAGAGGUUACCGCAUGACCAAACCCACAUACGCCUCAGACGACAUCUAUGAGAUCAUGAAGAACUGUUGGGAUGAGAAGUUUGAGAAACGUCCAGAGUUCUCCUUUCUAGUGCACUCAAUGGGGAACCUUCUGUCGGACGGAUAUAAAAAGAAAUAUUCUCAAGUCAGCGAUAGUUUUUUGAAGAGCGAUCACCCUGCUGUGGUCCGUGUGAAGCCGCGGGUUUCCUCAUCGUUUUCAGGCACCGUCUCUCCUUCUGGGCUUCCUCCAGGACUUCUGCCCGACCCAACUCCUCGUCCACAAAGUGACCCGCACAACGAAUACAUCAUUCCCCUUCCUGACCCAAAGCUAGAGAAUGACACUGAGGAUGUGAUGGGGCCACUGGAAAGCCCCCUGAGCUCAAUGAGCUUCGAUGAGGAGACGGUCUCCAUGGAAACCCCCAGUACUGAACCUGAGCUGGAACAUCAUUCCGGAACCCCAGAUGUGGAAGAGAGUUUUCUGUGACAUUUUUGGACAAAUUCUGUACAUCAUUGACCUUGGCACAAAAAAUGUACAGCAGACUGUAAAGAAUGACAUGUUUCUGUGGAGGUUUAAGAGAUUUUAGUCAUCUUUCAUCCAUUUGUAUUAUUUUAAAAACAUGAUAAAACUCAGUAUUAUGAACUGUAGAAGGCAAAGCUACAAUCACUUCACGUUUAGCUGUGUACAAAUAUUUACAUAUUGCUGUUCAUUGUCUUUGAACUUUGCUUUUCAAAGUGUAGAUCUGCAGUUUUAAUGUUUGUCUUAACAUCUAUUCAAUGUUUCACAUUACUAUAGAUAUAUUCAUGCAUAAGUCUUUAGAUUUGACUUUUUAAGAUCCUUGUAGCAAAAUUGCACUUUAGCAUUUAUGGUUAAUAGAAGCAAAUAGAUGACACAAGUUGAAGUAAAUAUAUGUGUUUGAUCUCCUGGUGAAGGAAUAGUUAUAGAACACAAAUGAGUUAAUAAAUGAUGAUAAACUCACGGUACAUCACAAGUCAUUAUUUGCAAACACUUACAGUAUGAAAGUUAAGUUCUUGGAGUUUUCUUUAAGGUAUUCAAAAGUAUUUCUGACUUUAACACUAGGCAUUGUUUGUACACACAAGACUUUAUUAAAUUGCACAAUUCAAUACACAUUUACUAGUGAAGUUUCACACUCAAAGGUACCAAAGCUUCAUGUUUGUUUACAAGUAUAUUUUUAUAUAGAUAUUUUGUACAUUGUUGUUUACAUUCUAUAUAAUAAAAGUGUAAAAAAUA